GUUUUUUUUCCAAUAUCAAUUUGUGGAAUCAACAUCUUCGUCCCACAGCUUCUCGGUUCUUCAACUUCAAUCUCGAACAAUAUCUCACUUAUUUCACCUACUCAAACCAAUUCAAUCAUGGAUUACGCACCCCGUGGAGCGUGUUACUCUUGCGGCAACGCUGGCCACCAGGCCCGUGACUGCCCCACCAAGGGACCUGCCAAGUGCUACAACUGCGGCGGCGAGGGCCAUCUCAGCCGUGACUGCACUGAGCCCAUGAAGGACAACAAGUCCUGCUACAAGUGCGGCCAGCCCGGCCACAUCUCCCGCGACUGCCCCCAGGCUGGCGCUGCUGGAGGAGGCCAAGCCGGCACUGAGUGCUACAAGUGCGGCGAGAAGGGCCACAUUGCCCGCAGCUGCCCCAAGUCCGGAUUCGGUGGCAACUCCUACGGCGGCAACAGCGGCUACGGUGGCGGUGCUGGCAAGACCUGCUACUCCUGCGGUGGUUACGGCCACAUGUCUCGCGAGUGCGUCAACGGCAUGAAGUGCUACAACUGUGGCGAGUCUGGCCACUACUCCCGUGACUGUCCUAAGGAGGCCGCUGGUGGCGAGAAGAUCUGCUACAAGUGCCAGCAGGGCGGCCACGUUCAGGCUCAGUGCCCUAACUAAAUGGCGGAAGCUGUUUUCUCCACUGUUCAUCUGAUGGAGAGAGAGUUGGCGUGGCAGCUAUGAUACCCACGAUGAAGGUCUCUUUCGACCUUUUUUUCUUUGAGUUAUGGUUUUCUUUCCGAGCAUUUUUCCAGGCUGCGGACACACAAAAAGUUGAUUCGUGCUUGUGGGCUAUAUAGGUUUCAGCCUAUAUGCUGAGGACAUCUUGGGGUUGAUGCAUUCGACGCGG